CAAACCGCACGGGCAGCGCCGUCGGUUUGGGAUUGCAAAGCAAUCCGGGAGGAGGCAAAAGCAAAAAUAAAAGAAAUCCUCUGGAAAGGGAUUGCAAAAGUUUCAGCUGAAAAGCGUGCCCCGGUUUUUGAGAUUGCAGCCGAAGCCCCACCUCCGCACACCCAUUCCCACCUCCAGCCCGGCGAGGAAAAGUGGUGAAUGGUCCCAGCAGCUGCUGGCAGAGGGAAAACUUUCGCUCCCAGCGCAGUGGGACCGGGAUCAGGAGAGUCCUGGAACUGCCCAGCAGGAUGACGAGCACGGCUCCCAAGAGCAGCUACCCGGAUCCGACGCGGAAAGCGCUCUGCAGGAGCCCCUUUCUGAGCAUCAAGUUCUUUGUGUUCUGCCACGGGCUCCUGCAGCUCUCCCAGCUCCUGGUCUCGGGCUACCUGAAGAGCUCCAUCUCCACCAUCGAGAGGCGGUACGGCCUGUCCAGCCGGACCUCGGGGCUGCUCGCUUCCUUCAACGAGGUGGGGAACACGCUGCUGAUCGUCUUCAUCAGCUACUUCGGGAGCCGGGUGCACAGACCCCGUUUCAUCGGCGCCGGCGCCAUCCUCGUGUCCCUGGCCGGGUUCCUCAUGUCCCUGCCCCACUUCCUAACGGGGCCCUAUGAGUUUGACCAGUCUGUCGCCAGCACGUUCAGCAACACCACCGACCUGUGCCAGCCCAGGCCCCCGGCGAACCUCAGUGAUGCCAAUUGCACCCCCCGAGCCAGCAGGGAGAACCACGAGGUUCUCCUGGUCAUGUUCAUCGCCCAGGCCCUGCUGGGCAUCGGUGGUGUCCCCAUCCAGCCCUUUGGGAUCUCCUACAUCGACGACUUCGCCAGCGAGAGGAACUCCCCCCUCUAUCUGGGAAUCCUGUUCUCUGUGACUGUCAUUGGGCCAGGGGUGGCCUUCAUGCUGGGCUCUGCCAUGCUGCAAUUCUACGUGGACAUUGACAAAGUCAGCGGAGCUGAAGUCCAGCUCACCCACGGUGACCCACGGUGGGUGGGUGCCUGGUGGCUCGGGUUCCUGGUGGCAGCCAGCCUGGUGGCUCUGUCUGCAGUGCCGUAUUUCUUCUUCCCCCGGGAGAUGCCAAAAGAGGUGGUGAGCGGGAAGGAGGCUGACAGCAAGAAGAGGGAGGACAUGCUCAGCCAGCUCAGGGCGAGGCCAGAGCACACUCAGAACCUGUCCCUGGGCGAGUUCAUCAAACGUUUUCCUCUGGUGCUGCUGAGGAAUCUGCGUCACCCCGUUUACCUGCUGGUGGUGUUGGCUCAGGUCAACAUCUCUGCCAUGGUUGCUGGUUUAGCCACGUUCAUGGGCAAGUUCCUGGAGAGGCAGUUCUCCCUCACAGCCUCCGUUGCCAACAUGGUCAUUGGUGCCGUGAACAUCCCGGGGGCGAUGGUGGGGAUCGUGGUGGGCGGUGCCAUCCUGAAGCGGUUCCAGAUGUCCCUGGGGCGAUGCAGUGCCAUGUGUGUCCUGGGCAUGUUCCUGUGCCUGCUGGUGGCCUUUCCCCUCCUCUUCCUCGGUUGCCCCACGCAGAAGGUGGCAGGAGUCACCUACAGCCACAGCUCCGAAUUUGGGCACCACGAGCUGGAGUGCAACCUGCAGUGCAGCUGCCCCGAGCAGGCCUAUAACCCCAUCUGUGGCUCCAACUCCAUCGAGUACAUCUCCCCUUGCUCUGCUGGCUGCAGGGCUGUGAACAUCCAGGAGGACACCAACUCAGUGCUGAACUACACCGACUGCAGCUGCAUCUCCGAGAACGGAGGGUUCGCCACUCCCGGCACCUGCAGCACCGGCUGCUCCCACCUCUUCCUGCCCUUCGUGGUCCUGUCCUGCCUGGCAGGGAUCCUGGCCAGCACAUCCCACACCCCGUCCUUCAUGCUCAUCCUCAGGAGCAUCCAGCCUGAGGACAAAUCCUUUGCUGUUGGGAUACAGUUCAUGCUGCUGAGAGUUUUGGCGUGGAUGCCGGGGCCCGUCCUGUACGGCAGCGCCAUCGACACCACCUGCAUCCUGUGGGAGAAGAGGUGUGACAGGAAGGCAGCCUGCAGAUACUACGACAACACCCUCUUCAGGCAAAGGUACCUCGGCCUCCAGUUUUUCUUCGAGGUGGGAGCUUUCCUGUGCUUCGUGGCCGUGUACGUGAUCCUCAGGAGGCAGGAGAGGGAAGCCAGCAAGGCACCAGAGACAAAGGCAGACCCAGAGAAGGAGAAACUGGCGGGAAAGCCCACAAAGACCCCGGAAUCCAAAGUGUGACACCCAGAAGGUGAAUCGUGAUCUGUUGCCCCGGGGGAGGUGAAGCCACCUGUGGGUGAAGCCACCCACAUCUCAACUGGGAAAGGUGGAUGGUGGUGGACUGUGGGGCCGCUUCCCGAUCUUCUGGGUGGGAAUAACUCCUCCUGCACCGCCCUGGGAGCCCGUCCAUCCGGUGCUCUGCCUCUUCCACCUUGGUGGUGCAGCUUGUUCCUUCACACGGGUUGUUCCACACAGCAUGACAGCCUUUGGAUGCUGCAGCCUUCGGGAUUUAUGUCCUCCAAAGCAUUUGUUCCUGCUGACAGGAGACUGGUGAGGCCAGCACUGAGCAUUAACCACACAGCUGAAGGGUUUUUUGUGUAGAGGGGAUGUGUGUUUUGGGUUUUUUUUAAUAGCAAUAAAUCAUUUUUAAGAAAUGGUUUUGUACCAAACCCGUAGAUCUCUGUGAGUGAUGGUCUGUCCUUGCCAAUGAAAUGUCAGCUGUGCUUAUUGCCUUUCCUCUCAGGGUGUUAGAUGGUCUCUCUUCCUUUGAAGGCUUCAUCCAGCUCCACCUGACAUUGCUGGGGUUUGUGUCACUGGCUGUGGGCCUUUCCAAGGACCCACCCACACAUCUGCUGAAGCUUUGGUGGUGAGGGGCAGGGAUGAGGAUCCUGGGGAGGGGAGGACACCAGAAGGAACUGGAGAAACUGCAGUACCUGCA